CGCCGGUGGUACGUUCCGGCCCCGCUCCUCGCUGUUUUCGUAUCUGCCUCAGAGCGGAUCCAACCGCCAACUAAGUUACAUUUUUGUCAUGGCGAGCUGAAGAAGUUCGGGAGCCGCGUGUUUACAGGAAGCCGGACGUGUUUGGGCCGCGGGCGCACGAGCAAUGAGCGCGCGACGUGGCGCGUGAAGGGGAGAAAGUCAACGCAGCCGAUGUUCCACAGCGAAGCCUCGAGCCUCAUGUUUUCGUCGAGCCAGGAGGAGAACUGCGCCCCGUCCAAAGACCCGGUGAAGUACGGGGAGCUGGUGGUUCUGGGGUACAAUGGCUCGCUGCCCAAUGGAGACCGCGGUCGACGGAAAAGCAGAUUCGCGCUGUACAGGAGGAACAAAGCCAACGGAGUGAAGCCGAGCGCCGUGCACAUCCUCAACUCGGCGCAGGCCAAUAAGGCUGUACACUGUAAAGGCCAGCACAGCAUCUCCUACACGCUGUCCAGGAACCACACCGUAGUGGUGGAGUACGGCCACGACAACGACACAGACAUGUUCCAGAUCGGGCGCUCCACAGAGGCUCCUAUAGACUUCGUGGUGACGGACACGGUCGCGGGCGGCCAGGAGGGGGAGGAGACGCCCAUCACGCAGAGCACCAUCUCCCGCUUCGCCUGCAGAGUCGUCUGCGAGCGCAGCCCUCCCUUCACCGCUCGCAUCUACGCCGCCGGCUUUGACUCCUCCAAGAACAUCUUCCUGGGGGAGAAAGCGGCCAAGUGGAAGAACCCUGACGGGCACAUGGACGGCCUGACCACCAACGGCGUGCUCGUGAUGCACCCCAGAGGCGGCUUCACCGAGGAGUCCAAGCCCGGCGUGUGGAGGGAGAUCUCCGUCUGCGGGGACGUCUACACGCUGAGGGAGACCCGCUCCGCGCAGACCCCGGGCAAACUGGUGGAGAACGAGAGCAACGUCCUGCAGGACGGCUCCCUGGUGGACCUGUGCGGGGCCACGCUGCUGUGGCGCACGGCCGAGGGCCUCUUCCACACUCCCACCCAGAAGCACCUGGAGGCGCUGAGGCAGGAGAUCAACGCGGCGCGGCCCCAGUGCCCCGUGGGCCUCAACACGCUGGCCUUCCCCAGCAUGCAGCGCAGCCGCGCCCUCUCCUCCCUGGAGGACAAGCAGCCCUGGGUGUACCUGGCGUGCGGCCACGUGCACGGCUACCACAACUGGGGCCACUGUCCGGACCACGAGCCCAACGCGCAGCGGGAGUGCCCCAUGUGCCGCGUGGUGGGGCCGUACGUGCCGCUGUGGCUGGGCUGCGAGCCGGCCUUCUACGUGGACACGGGGGCGCCCACGCACGCCUUCGUGCCGUGCGGACACGUGUGCUCGGAGAAGUCGGUCAAGUACUGGGCGGAGAUCCCGCUGCCGCACGGCACCCACGCCUUCCACGCCGCCUGCCCCUUCUGUGCCACCCAGCUCAGCCUCGCCCAGGGCUGCUCCAAGCUCAUCUUCCAGGGCCCGGUGGACUGAGCGCAGGGUGCUGCUCCGGCGGAGGAGAUUCGUCAGGAAUGCCGACAUGCUGUGAAACUGUUCAAAUUAUUUCAUGCUGUUUUUGGGACGUGUGAGCCAGCUGUGGAACGGGAGAAGUCUUCUCAAGUUGUGGUCAUGUACUGUGGAUUCUGCACAACGGAGCCGUGACAGGUGUUCGGAGCCACCGUGGGAGCUCGGCGCCGGGGUCCGCCGGACCGAGGGACCGGUAAAGACGGCUCAGUGGUGCGAGAAAGAGGGGGAUGACGGACUUCCUGGUGGGUUUGAGUCACAUUCUUCCAGAGCCAGACAGCUGGACUGUUGGCUGGGCGACAAACCCGCAGGAACUGGAAGAGUAGCGACGGAGCAGCCGCGUCCCCCGUCGGCCCCCGACUCUUAAUGUCAUCAAGAUCAUGUAGCUGAAGGUGACUCCUAUUUACCAAGCAAAUGUGGGGUGGGGGUUAAGUGAUGCUUUUUGUGUACAGACAUUCACCCUAGUGCCUCUGAUCCCUUUGUAAUGUGGGUAUAUUUUUCACAAAUGAAAAGAGAGUUUUAAACACGGAGGUCGUGAGGAACUGAAAGCCCACAUGGAUUCUUCUCUUCAUUUUUAUCUGACAGAGCUAUUUUACUACACUGAGGCCCUUUCACUGUUUUGUAAUGCAAAUGUUAAUAUAUUUUUCUCCUGCAGAAAUGAUGCGGCAGAACGCGAGUGUGUGUGCACAAAUGUGAGUGUGUGUGUCGGUUCUGGCUGCACGCGUGCCCUUGGGCUCUCGCUUGAAUUGCCCCGCGUCAUUCACUCCCCGGCCCCUUUCUAUGAGCUCACCCACCGCCUGAAGGCUGCCAGAGAAACGACUCGCUCAGUCGGUGGCUUUUAACGCGCGUAGGUAACGUUUGCAGUGAAGGGACGCGUUGGAACUGAACCAUGUGCACCAGACGAAGCUUUCUCGCUCGCUCGCUCGCCCACUCGCUCUCCACCACACUCACACGUGUUGCAUUCUGUUAGCUUUACUCCGUGCUGGGUCCGAUCCAAUGGUUUCUACACUGUCAAACCUGGGCACAGUCUCCGCAGCAUCCAGAGAUUAAACCAAAAGCAAGGAGGAGCCGAUUCUCUCCAAGCCAAAGUGUUCCUGGAACAGUCCUGAAGCAAACUGCUGCUACGGUGGAUCGCUGUGGAUCCCAGUCACGGCUGUAGCACGCACCCGCUCUGGGAAGAACGAUAUUGGGACACACAAAGCCAAAUUUGGUUUCGUUCUGUUGUUGCGAAUGAGUGGAGCGGCAGUGGAGCUGAAACGAGGAACCCGGGACGAAGCUGUGGGUUCUUCAGCGACGUUGGCAGACUGUGCCCAAACAUCGACCGCAGGCAAACGCAUUGACGGCUACGUCACUAUUAUAGCAUUUGGGUUGUUUUUGCUGCAUUAUAAUAAAGUUUAGGAGCAUUAAAAUGGUAAAAACUUAAUUAAGGUUUCACAAACGUGUACUGUUCCAGCUGUGAUUGAAGCUGAUUUGGUUCCAUGUAGAAAGACACGUGCCCAGCGUUUAAAACCAGCAUCCGCAGCAUCUCUCGGCUGCUUCUGGCCCUGCAGGGUCACGCACUAGGCCCCACGCGCCACAGUAGCAUUCCAACACUGGGCUCAAACACUGCGCCCUUUGCUUAAGGCUGCGUCCUGUUAACAGCUGCCGCUAACAUUCCUCCCUGGUGAACACGGGUGGGGCUUCAGUCCACCCAAGGGCUUGUUCUCCCAUUUAUUGUAUUGUCUCUUGCAGGAACUUUGUACACAAGCCAUAGAAUGCACUGAUGCUCCCAAUGCCUCUAUUGCAAAGAAUAAAAUAUUUUUUAAAACCA